AGGUAUAAAGAAAUGAUGCAUUCCCUAAAGAACAUCAUGAUGGUGGUGGUCGAGUCUAUGGUUAACAAGUUUGAAGAAGAUGAGACACAAAGUCAAGACAGGCAGAGUAAAAUGCAGAAGGAGGCGAGCAACAGCUACUGCACAGACAACUGCUCUGACAGUGGCUCGUCAUUCAAUCAGAGUUACAAAUUCUGUCAAGGAAAAUUACAGUUGAUUUUAGAUCAGUUGGAUCCUGGGCAACCUAAGGAGGUACGAUAUGAAGCUUUACAAACAUUAUGUUCAGCUCCUCCAUCUGAUGUCCUGAACUGUGAAAACUGGACCACUCUCUGUGAAAGACUGACCAUGUCUCUCUCUGAUCCAGAUCCUGUGUUUAAUGACCGGAUUUUAAAAUUCUAUGCACAGACUUUUACACUCUCACCGUUACAUAUGACCAAGGAAAUUUAUACAAGCUUAGCAAAAUAUUUAGAGCUAUACUUUCUUUCCAGAGAAAAUCACAUUCCUACUCUUUCAACUGGAGUAGACAUAACUAAUCCCAACACAAUCCACUUACUUAAAAAGGUUCGUCUUCUAAAUGAGUAUCAGAAAGAGGCUCCAUCUUUCUGGAUUCGUCACCCAGAGAAGUAUAUGGAGGAAAUUGUGGAGAGCACUUUGUCCUUGUUAUCAGUUAAGCAUGAUCAAAGCCAUCUUGUCUCACAGAAGAUUUUGGAUCCCAUCUAUUUUUUUGCAUUGGUUGAUACUAAAGCUGUGUGGUUCCAAAAGUGGAUGCAUGCAUAUUACAGCAGAACUGCAGUACUAAGACUUCUUGAAAAGAAAUAUAAGUCUCUGAUUACCACAGCAGUUCAGCAAUGUGCUCAGUACCUGGAACUGUGUGAAACUAUGAAAGUUGGUGAAAUUUUGGGACAUUCAAAGCAUUGUGGCAACAAGCAGAAAAGUUUCUACUACUCAGGACAAGAAUUACAAUAUAUUUAUUUCAUUCAUUCACUGUGCCUUCUAGGAAGAUUAUUGAUCUAUAAACAAGGCAGAAAACUAUUUCCUAUAAAGUUGAAGAAUAGAAAAGAUUCAGUAUCUCUCACAAAUCUGAUGGUUCUGUUUACCCAUCUCAUUUGUUAUUCACCAAGUUGUCCAAAGAUGACAUCGGUUGUAUAUUCAGAGAAUUAUUCUCCUGCGAGUAUGGUGGCUGAAGUUCUUCGGAUACUCUGUGAUCAAAAAGAAUGUGCAGUUGAGUGCUUAUAUAACAGCACUGUGAUGGAGACACUUCUUCAGCCCAUUCAUAAUUUAAUGAAAGGAACUCAGCCUGCUCCAAAUUGCUCUGAAACAGCUUUAAUUCACAUAGCUGAUAUUUUGACAAGAAUUGCUUCUGUAGAAGAAGGACUUACUUUACUUCUUUAUGGAGAAAAUAUGAACUCUUCUGAGGAAGAAAGUCCUACAGGUGCUCAUGUAAUUGCCAAGUUUUCAAAGAAACUUCUUGAUGAAGAGAUUUCUGUUUUUUCUGGAUUGGAAAUGCUGCCUGUCAUUAAAGGAGCUUUUAUUUCUGUGUGUCGUCAGAUGUAUAGUACAUGUGAAGGCUUACAGGUGUUACUUCCUUACAGUCUGCAUGAAUCUAUAAUGAAGGCAUGGAAGAAGACAAGUUUGCUGUCAGAAAGAAUUGCUACUCCAGUAGAGGGUUCUGAUUCUGUUUCUUCAGUGAGCCAGGAAUGUCCUGUUACUGUGGCCUGGGAAGACAAUUUGUUAGAUGAUUUACUAAAUUUUGCUGCCACCCCCAAAGGAUUACUGCUUCUUCAAAGAACAGGUGCCAUCAACGAAUGUGUGAUGUUUAUGUCCAACCAAUAUGCAAAAAAACUACAGAUGGACAGGCAGAAAAAGUUCAGCUAUGAAGUUUUGGUGGUGCAGGUGGCGUCCACGGCAGCAGGGGCAGUAGCUCUACAAAAUUCAGGGUUUAUUAAUGCACUCAUUACUGAAUUAUGGUCCAAUCUUGAAUGUGGAAGAGAUGAUAUAAGGGUAACCCAUCCUAGAUCUACUCCAGUGGAUCCUAUUGAUCGAAGCUGUCAAAAGUCUUUUGUAGCACUGGUGAACCUACUGUCCUUUCCUGCGGUGCUUGAGUUGACGAGCAAUCAGGAUCUUCCUAAUAAGGCAGAAUAUUCUCUUCGUGAAGUUCCAACCUGUAUUAUUGAUAUAAUUGAUAGGCUUAUCAUUUUGAACUCUGAAGCUAAGAUUCGUUCUUUAUUGAAUUAUGAACAGUCACACAUCUUUGGUCUAAGGUUAUUAAGUGUGAUAUGCUGUGAUCUGGAUGCUCUUCUCUUCCUGGAGGCUCAGUAUCAAGUAUCCAACAUUUUACUGCAUGCUCAAGAAGAAAAUACCUUUGAACCUUUUGAGAGCCACAGGGACUUCAUAAUUGAUGGUUUAUCAGUAGAGAGAAAUCAUGUUCUUGUAAGAAUCAAUCUCAUUGGUGGGCCCUUGGAGCGGAUUUUGCCUCCAAGAAUGCUUGAAAAAGGGGAUGACCCAUAUCCUUGGCCAAUGUUCUCAUCAUAUCCAUUACCCCAUUGCUAUCUGUUGGACAUGCCACGAAAGGCUUACAUAAAACAAGACAGUGAUAUUGACAAGCUGUUAUCAUGCUUCAAAAUAUCUGAUAAACAAACUGAGUGGAUAGAACACUGCAGAAGACAAUUUUGCAAAACAAUGAAGUCCAAACCUGAUACAAUCAGUGGACGUGCUUUAGGAGAACUACUUGAAAAAUUUGUGCUUUAUCUCACUGAAAACCCCUCUGAAUGUUACUUCCCUUCAGUGGAGUACACAGCUACUGAUGCAAAUGUGAAGAAUGAAAGUCUUUCAUCUGUGCAGCAGCUUGGCAUUAAAAUGACUGUCAGAUAUGGUAAAUUUCUCAACCUGUUAGAAGAUGGCUCAGAAAAUGAUCUUGCCUUGGUCUUAAAGCACUGUGAGAGAUUCCUGAAACAACAGCAAUUCCCUGUAACUUCUUCCCUUCUGUGCCUGCAAGGACGUUAUGCUGGCCAUGACUGGUUUGUGUCUUCUCUAUUCAUGAUCAUGCUGGGGGACAAAGAGAAGACGCUCCAGUUUCUUCAGCAGUUUGCCAGACUUUUGACUUCUGCUUUCCUUUGGUUGCCACGGCUGCAUAUAUCUCGAUACCUUCCUGCUGACAUCAUAGAAACUGGUAUCCAUCCCGUGUAUUCCUGCAGUACUCACUACAUUGAGAUGCUGCUGAAGGCCGAGGUGCCUCUUGUGUUUUCAGCUUUCCACAUGUCUGGCUUUGCUCCAUCACAGAUUUGCCUACAAUGGAUAACUCAGUGUUUUUGGAAUUACUUAGAUUGGAUAGAAAUAUGCCAUUAUGUUGCUACUUGUGUUUUCCUUGGUCCUGAUUAUCAAGUGUAUAUCUGCAUAGCCAUAUUAAAACAUCUACAACAAGACAUUCUACAGCACACUCAGACUCAAGACCUGCAAGUUUUCCUAAAAGAAGAAGCACUGCAUGGGUUUCGAGUGAGCGACUAUUUUGAAUACAUGGAAAAUUUGGAGCAAAGCUACCGGCCAGUGCUGAUGCGGGACAUGCACAACAUUAGAGUACAGAGCACAUAGAUCAUGAGAGGCAUGCUUUAAUUUUAUGUUUCAUUCAUUUUUAAAGGAAGCAAGGCGACUUGGUUGUUUUCUGUCUGCAUCUAUAACAGAGAAGGCUCUGAGCAUGUGUAUUGUAAAUCAGUGCUGAGAACUUUUGAAUAGAAUAUAUUCAUGUUGAUAUUUGCUCAAUUUGUGACAUGAAGUAAACUCAUUUAAGUAAGUCCUUGUUUCUUAAAGUUUUAAGAUCAGACCUAGGUUAUAGUAUUUAUGUUAGACUUAAUUAAAAAUGGAUGGAAAAACCUUAAUAUAAGACCUGAAAAUUUGAAACUACUUGGAAAACACUUCAAGAUCUGGACAUAAGCAGUAGCUUUCUGAAUAAGAUUCAGAUAGCUCAGGAAAUAAAAGCAGGCAUGGAAAAAUGGUACUACAUUUUAAGAAAAGAAAAGAAAUGAAAGACUACAGAAUGGGAAAAAAUUGUCAAGUGUUGGUCUAAUGGGGGCUAAUAUGUAAAACUCAAAAAAUUACAAAAUAAUGAAAAAUUCAGUCAACAAAUGGGCAGGGGAAAUGAACAGACACAUCAAAGGAUAAAGUACAAAUAGAGAACAAGUACGUGCACAAGGCUCCCCACCUUUAUGCAUCAGGAAAAUUCCCAUUAGAACUACACUGAGGUCCCACUUCACCCUGUCAAAGUGGCUGUAAUUAAGAAAACAGUGCCAGCUAGGGUUGGGAUGGGGGCUUCUAAAUAGCCAGUGGGAAUGUAAAUUAUUCUAGACACUAUUGAAUCUAGUAUGGAGACUCUUCAGAAAAUCAAAGCUAGAACUUCCAUAUGACCUAGCUUUACAACUUCAAGAUAUAUACUAAAAACAGUAAAAGUCAGCAUACUAUAGAAACCGCUUGCAUACCCAUGGCACUGUUCACAAUAGCCAGACUAUGAAGCAGCCUAGGCACUCAUGAAUAGAUGGAUAAGGAAAAUGUGACAUAUGUAAACAGGAUUUUACCCAGCCCUCAAGACUGAUGUUAUAUCAUUUGUAAGAAAAUGGGACUGGAGAACAUGUUGAAUGAUAGAAACCAGUCCCAUAGAGAUGAAUAUCACAUGCUUUAUCUCAUAUGUAGAAGCUGGGGGUAGAGCAUGAAACUAAAAGGAUGAGGGACAUGGAAGGUACAGGAGGGAUAAGAAAGUGAUGGGGGAUGACCAACCAGUGAGAUGACUCAACAGGUAAAGGCAGUUGCUGUUAAGCCUGAUGACCUGAGUUCCCUGGAAUCCACAUGUGGAAGGAGAGAACUGACUCCCAGAAGUUGUCCUCUGACCCCCACAUGCACAACAUGACACAUGACCACCCCCUAAAAAUAAAUAAAUUUAAAGUAUUUUAAAAUAUUUCAAAAUAAAGUAACAAGAGAGGAAUAUGAUCAGAGUAUAUUAUAUUCAUGUUGGCAAUGCCAUAAUGAAACCUCAUUAUACAACAAAUGUAUACUAAUAAAAGUUUUAAGUGUCCUGA